AUGGAAACAGUAAAUAACAUCGCGGCCGCCGCAUCAAAGGUUAUCUGGGGCGAGCCUCAAGAAACGACUGAUGCGGCAAACGCAACGAUUGUACCGGAGACGAAGGGAACAGAACCGAUUAGUGGGGAGUUAGGUGAUACGAAGAAGGGGGAACCGUAUGAUUUGGGGAAUGCGGAUUCCACAAGCACACAAAACACCCUCUCCUCCACCACCGACGGCACCGCUUCCACUUUCACUCCCACCGACUCCACGACCCUCUCUCCCCCCGGCCUCGCCGCCAAACCUCUCGAUUCCUCCUCCACCGUCUCUCCAACCCCCGACUCCGUAUCUCGCACUCUCGCCGAAACACACAUCGCGCCACUUUCCUCCCCCGAUUCCUCCAAUCCAUUUGAUUCUACCACGUCCUCUUCCUUCAAACCUACUUCUGAAAAACCUCGAGAAAUCCCUCUCCCCUCCGUCCCAAGCACCGAACUCCCCUCCUCAACCACAAGCGCAACAGAAAACAAAGCUCUCGACCCCGCACCCCUCUCCUCGCUCACAACUGAAGCUCCAAACCCAACCGGCAAACCAAUCGAAUCCUCCAAACCAAGCAGCACAGCCAACGCCCAAGGGGUCCCCACCGAUCUGCAACCGCUCGGAUCAGAAUCCUCAUCCGAAAAACAAGACGCUCAAGGCACAGGUGAAAAACACAUCAAGAGUUCGGGGUUGGUGGCCGAAGGAGGAGACUUCGAUGCUGCGAGGCCUGGGGCUGGGAGGGAAGCAGAUCGAUUGUUGGGGAAGGAGGGGAGUGCUGGGGCAGUGGGAGCAAGUGGUGGAAGUGCUGUGGGAAGUGAAGAGGAACAUGGAGAGGGAAAGAAAGAGGGAAAGUUAACGCAUUUGAAGGAGAAGAUUAAGGAGAAGUUGCAUAAGCAUUAG